AUGAGGGCCAUUGACAUUGUGGAGUCGGAAGUACCAGAUAGAGGGGGCGAUAAUGAUGAAAUAGCACAAAAUGAUGAUGAAAUUAAGCGUUUGAAUGCAUUGUCCUGGGGGAAACUGAAAGAAGUGCAUUAUCUCACUCAAACAUCCCUCGACAGUGUAGUAGAAGGCACAACAGCUAUUGUUCAAAAUAUGGUGCAAGCAAUACGAAAGGAAGUUGAGAAAAAGGUUCGAGAGUCCGGUCAAGAGCUGAUGGAUUUUGACGGAUUGGCUGAUGUAUUUGACAAGACCCAGCCCUUUUUUUAA